AUGGCGCUGGUUGGUGGCGAAUUUGAUCUAGAGAUGAACUUUAUAAUCCAGGAUGCAGAGAGCAUUACGUGCAUGUCAGAGCUUUUGGAGCACUGUGAUGUAACGUGCCAAGCAGAAAUCUGGAGUAUGUUCACAGCAAUUCUACGUAAAAGUGUCCGUAAUUUACAGACUAGCACAGAAGUGGGCUUAAUUGAACAGGUACUGCUGAAGAUGAGUACUGUGGACGACAUGAUUGCAGAUCUUCUAGUUGAUAUGUUGGGGGUUCUUGCCAGCUACAGCAUCACUGUCAAAGAGUUGAAGCUUUUGUUCAGCAUGCUUCGAGGCGAAAAUGGAAUCUGGCCAAGACAUGCGGUUAAACUAUUAUCAGUCCUUAAUCAGAUGCCACAGAGACAUGGGCCUGAUACCUUUUUCAACUUCCCAGGCUGUAGUGCUGCAGCAAUUGCAUUGCCUCCUAUUGCUAAGUGGCCUUAUCAAAAUGGGUUUACUCUUAACACCUGGUUUCGUAUGGAUCCACUAAACAAUAUCAAUGUAGAUAAGGAUAAACCCUAUCUCUAUUGUUUCCGCACUAGCAAAGGUGUUGGGUAUUCUGCUCAUUUUGUUGGCAACUGCUUAAUAGUUACAUCCUUGAAGUCAAAAGGCAAAGGUUUCCAGCACUGUGUGAAGUAUGACUUUCAGCCACGAAAGUGGUACAUGAUAAGCAUUGUACACAUCUAUAAUCGAUGGAGAAACAGUGAAAUACGAUGUUACGUGAAUGGUCAACUGGUAUCCUAUGGUGACAUGGCCUGGCAUGUUAACACGAAUGAUAGCUAUGAUAAAUGUUUUCUUGGCUCUUCGGAGACUGCUGAUGCUAAUAGAGUGUUCUGUGGCCAGCUCGGAGCAGUAUAUGUAUUCACUGAAGCACUCAACCCAGCACAGAUUUUUGCAAUACAUCAGUUAGGACCUGGAUAUAAGAGCACAUUCAAAUUUAAAUCUGAGAGUGACAUUCAUCUUGCUGAGCACCAUAAACAAGUGCUAUAUGAUGGGAAACUUGCAAGUAGCAUUGCUUUUACUUAUAAUGCGAAGGCUACUGAUGCUCAGCUAUGCCUUGAAUCCUCACCAAAGGAAAAUCCUUCAAUUUUUGUACACUCCCCCCAUGCUCUUAUGCUUCAGGAUGUGAAAGCUAUCGUAACCCACUCCAUUCACAGCGCAAUUCAUUCCAUUGGAGGGAUUCAAGUUCUUUUUCCACUCUUCGCCCAGUUAGACAAUCGACAACUGCACGACAGUCAGGUGGAAACAACAGUUUGUGCUACCCUAUUGGCUUUCUUGGUUGAGCUUCUUAAGAGUUCAGUAGCCAUGCAAGAACAAAUGCUUGGUGGAAAAGGCUUUCUAGUCAUUGGCUACCUCCUUGAAAAGUCAUCUAGGGUUCAUAUAACCAGAGCAGUUCUGGAACAAUUUUUGUCAUUUGCGAAAUAUUUGGAUGGAUUGUCUCAUGGAGCACCUCUACUGAAGCAAUUAUGUGAUCACAUCCUUUUUAAUCCUGCUAUCUGGAUACACACCCCUGCAAAGGUGCAGCUGUCUUUGUACACCUACUUGUCAGCUGAAUUCAUUGGAACUGCUACGAUCUAUAACACUAUACGCAGAGUAGGAACAGUACUGCAGUUAAUGCACACACUUAAAUACUACUACUGGGUGGUGAAUCCUGCUGAUAGCAGUGGCAUUACUCCUAAAGGAUUAGAUGGUCCUCGGCCCUCACAGAAAGAAAUCAUAUCACUAAGGGCAUUUAUGCUGCUGUUUUUGAAACAACUUAUAUUGAAGGAUCGAGGCGUGAAAGAAGAUGAACUGCAGAGCAUAUUAAAUUACUUAUUAACAAUGCACGAGGAUGAAAAUAUUCAUGAUGUGCUGCAGCUGCUAGUGGCACUAAUGUCCGAACAUCCAGCAUCCAUGAUCCCUGCCUUUGAUCAGAGAAAUGGGAUACGAGUAAUUUAUAAACUAUUGGCUUCCAAAAGUGAGAGUAUAUGGGUGCAAGCUUUGAAGGUCCUUGGAUAUUUUCUUAAACACUUGGGUCAUAAGCGAAAGGUUGAAAUCAUGCAUACUCACAGUCUUUUCACUCUUCUUGGAGAAAGGUUGAUGCUGCAUACAAAUACGGUGACCGUUACAACAUAUAACACCCUUUAUGAGAUUUUGACAGAACAAGUAUGCACUCAAGUUGUUCAUAAACCACAUCCAGAGCCAGACUCUACAGUGAAAAUUCAGAAUCCAAUGAUUCUUAAGGUGGUAGCAACGCUGUUAAAAAACUCCACACCAAGUGCAGAGCUGAUGGAAGUUCGACGUUUGUUCUUAUCUGAUAUGAUAAAACUCUUUAGUAAUAGCCGUGAAAACAGAAGAUGUUUACUUCAGUGUUCAGUGUGGCAGGACUGGAUGUUUUCUCUGGGAUACAUUAACCCUAAGAACUCUGAAGAGCAGAAGAUCACAGAGAUGGUUUACAACAUUUUCCGUAUUCUCUUGUAUCAUGCAAUAAAAUAUGAAUGGGGAGGCUGGAGAGUGUGGGUGGAUACUCUUUCUAUAGCUCAUUCCAAGGUCACAUAUGAGGCUCACAAAGAGUAUCUAGCAAAAAUGUACGAAGAGUACCAAAGGCAAGAGGAAGAAAACAUAAAAAAGGGGAAGAAGGGGAACGUGAGCACUAUCUCAGGUCUUUCCUCCCAGACAACAGGAGCAAAAGGUGGAAUGGAAAUUCGAGAGAUAGAAGACCUUUCACAAAGCCAAAGUCCAGAAAGUGAAACGGAUUACCCUGUCAGUACGGAUACAAGGGACUUGCUCAUGGCUACAAAGGUGUCGGAUGAUGUGCUUGGAAGUGCUGAGAGACCAGGAGGAGGAGUGCAUGUGGAAGUUCAUGACCUUUUAGUCGAUAUAAAAGCUGAAAAGGUAGAAGCUACUGAAGUAAAACUUGAUGAUAUGGAUUUAUCACCAGAGACAUUGGUAACUGGAGAAAACGGUGCACUUGUAGAAGUCGAAUCUCUUCUAGAUAACGUAUAUAGUGCUGCUGUUGAGAAGUUGCAAAACAAUGUUCAUGGAAGUGUGGGUAUUAUUAAGAAGAAUGAGGAAAAAGAUAAUGGUCCAUUAAUAACUCUGGCUGAUGAGAAAGAUGAACCUUCUACUAACAGUACCUCAUUUCUUUUUGAUAAAAUACCUAGUCAAGAGGAGAAACUUCUGCCUGAACUUUCAAGUAAUCACAUUUCUAUUCCAAAUGUGCAAGAGACACAGAUGCAUCUUGGUGUAAAUGAUGAUUUGGGAUUGCUUGCACAUAUGACGGGUAGUGUAGAUAUAACGUGUGCUUCAAGUAUAAUAGAGGACAAGGAGUUCAAGAUUCACACAACUUCAGAUGGAAUGAGUAGCAUUUCCGAGAGGGAGUUGGCUUCAUCAUCUAAAGGGUUAGAAUAUGCUGAAAUGACUGCCACAACUCUUGAGACAGAGUCUUCUGGUAGCAAAACCGUACCUAGUGUUGAUGCAGGAAGUAUAAUAUCAGAUACAGAAAGAUCUGAUGAUGGUAAGGAAGCAGGAAAGGAGAUACGGAAGAUCCAGACAACCACCACAACCCAGGCAGUACAGGGUCGAUCGGUCACCCAGCAAGACCGGGAUUUACGUGUUGACUUGGGAUUUCGAGGAAUGCCAAUGACGGAAGAGCAGCGACGACAGUUUAGUCCAGGUCCACGCACAACUAUGUUUCGUAUUCCAGAGUUUAAAUGGUCUCCCAUGCACCAGCGGCUCCUGACAGACUUGCUUUUUGCACUAGAAACAGAUGUACAUGUUUGGAGAAGUCACUCCACAAAGUCUGUGAUGGACUUUGUCAAUAGCAAUGAAAAUAUUAUUUUUGUACACAACACAAUACACCUCAUUUCCCAGAUGGUAGACAAUAUUAUUAUUGCUUGUGGAGGAAUUUUACCAUUGCUGUCAGCAGCCACAUCGCCAACUGGUUCUAAGACUGAAUUGGAAAAUAUUGAAGUGACACAAGGAAUGUCAGCAGAGACAGCAGUAACUUUUCUCAGCCGUCUGAUGGCAAUGGUUGAUGUGCUGGUAUUUGCCAGUUCUCUAAAUUUUAGUGAGAUUGAAGCUGAAAAAAACAUGUCUUCUGGAGGUCUAAUGCGACAGUGCCUAAGGCUUGUUUGUUGUGUGGCUGUGAGAAACUGCUUAGAGUGUCGGCAAAGGCAGAGAGAGCGAGUGAACAAGACGUCAUUACUCGGCAGUAAAACUCAAGAUGCUCUUCAGGGUGUAACUGCAUCAGCAGCAACCAAGACUCCCCUUGAAAAUGUCCCUGGCAAUCUUUCUCCUAUAAAAGACCCUGAUAGGCUUCUUCAGGAUGUUGAUAUUAAUCGUCUACGAGCAGUUGUUUUUCGUGAUGUGGAUGACAGCAAACAGGCUCAGUUCUUAGCUUUGGCAGUAGUCUACUUUAUUUCUGUUCUGAUGGUCUCCAAAUACCGCGAUAUACUAGAACCACAACGAGAAACUGCAAGGUCUGGGAGUCAGGCAGGUAGAAAUAUCAGACAAGAAAUAAAUUCACCUACAAGUACAGUUGUGGUCAUACCAUCUAUCCCUCACCCAAGUUUGAACCAUGGAUUCCUUGCCAAGUUAAUUCCUGAGCAGAGCUUUACCCACUCAUUUUACAAAGAGACACCAACUGUAUUUCCAGAAAAUAUCAAAGAUAAAGAAACGCCGACACCAGUUGAAGAUAUUCAGCUGGAAAGCUCUAUUCCUCAUACAGAUUCUGGAAUUGGAGAUGAACAGAUGCCCAAUAUUUUGAAUGGGACAGACUUGGAGACCAGCACAGGCCCUGAUGCUAUGAGCGAGCUGUUGUCUACUUUGUCUUCAGAAGUGAAGAAAUCUCAGGAGAGCUUAACAGAAAGCCCCAGUGAAAUCUUGAAACCCGCAUCAUCGAUAUCCAGUAUCAGCCAAAGUAAAGGCAUCAAUGUUAAGGAAAUACUGAAAAGUCUUGUGGCAGCCCCUGUUGAAAUUGCAGAAUGUGGUCCGGAUCCGAUCCCUUACCCAGAUCCUGCACUGAAGAGAGAAGCUCAUGCUAUUCUUCCCAUGCAGUUUCACUCAUUUGACAGGAGCGUGGUUGUACCAGUAAAAAAACCCCCUCCAGGUAGUCUGGCCGUUACCACAGUUGGAGCUGCCACAGCUGGAAGUGGACUGCCACCGGGUAGUACACCUAAUAUAUUUGCUGCAACAGGAGCUACACCAAAAAGUAUGAUUAAUACAACAGGUGCAGUAGACUCAGGAUCUUCUUCUUCCUCUUCGUCAUCCAGCUUUGUGAAUGGUGCUACCAGCAAAAAUCUCCCAGCUGUCCAAACUGUUGCUCCAAUGCCAGAGGAUUCAGCUGAAAACAUGAGUAUCACUGCAAAGCUUGAAAGAGCUUUAGAAAAGGUGGCCCCUCUCCUGCGAGAAAUUUUUGUUGACUUUGCCCCUUUCCUAUCCCGAACAUUGUUGGGCAGUCAUGGACAAGAGCUGUUGAUUGAAGGUCUGGUUUGUAUGAAGUCGAGUACUUCAGUGGUUGAACUUGUUAUGCUGCUUUGUUCACAGGAAUGGCAAAAUUCUAUUCAGAAGAAUGCAGGACUUGCAUUUAUUGAGCUCAUCAAUGAAGGAAGAUUAUUAUGUCAUGCAAUGAAAGACCAUAUAGUGCGUGUUGCAAAUGAAGCAGAAUUUAUUUUGAACCGACAAAGAGCUGAAGAUGUCCACAAGCAUGCUGAGUUUGAGUCGCAGUGUGCUCAGUAUGCUGCUGACAGAAGAGAGGAGGAGAAGAUGUGUGAUCAUCUUAUCAGUGCUGCUAAGCAUCGAGAUCACGUUACAGCCAAUCAGCUGAAACAGAAGAUACUCAACAUACUAACAAACAAGCAUGGUGCCUGGGGAGCUGUUUCUCACAGCCAACUGCAUGACUUCUGGCGCUUGGAUUACUGGGAAGACGAUUUACGCCGGCGGAGGCGAUUUGUUCGCAAUGCUUUUGGGUCUACUCAUUCUGAUGCUCUCCUAAAAGCUGCUGUGGAAUAUGGCACCGAAGAGGAUGUAGUGAAGUCAAAGAAAACUUUCCGAAGUCAAGCUGUGGUAAAUCAGAAUGCAGAAACAGAGCUUAUGCUGGAAGGAGAUGAUGAUGCUGUUAGCCUGCUCCAAGAGAAAGAGAUUGACAACCUUGCAGCUGACAAGCGCUCCAGACGCGCGUCCUCCCCACAAACCCCAAGCUGUUCGCUGAAGCGGAGCGGCCACCGGUUGGCUUUUCCCCCCGGAGCUGGCGGGGAAGCGCCCUCGGUGUUGCCGGCGGCUCUCCAUCCUUCCCAGUGGAGCUCCCGGCAGCAUCCCCGCCGUGUGCCGCUGCCGGCCGGUGCUCCGGGGCAGCACAGCUCCCGGUGCGGGCAGAGCCCGCUGCCUUCCUCUUCUCCGGGGGGCACUACAGCCGCGCUGGGAACGCGUAUUUACAUCCCCCGGCAAAAAGCGCAGCUCGCCGCCGCCGGCGAGGGGCCGGGGCAAGGCUGGAAGCCGGAGCUCGUUAUCUUUUCCCGCAUGCGAAUGAGCCCGUCCCGCGGCUCUUGGCUCAGCCACGCAACACCAGGGAAAAGAGGUAAUUGGAUUAAAUUGAUGGUCUUUCUUCUGGGACUCGGCAAAGCCCACAAACGCCUCCUUAAAAUGAUAGAAUAUCGGGUCGUUUCCAGGACGCAUCUUCGGAAGGCGCUUUUCUCCCCGCACAAAGGCCCCGGGGAGCCCAUCACCGUGCGUCGGGCCAAGCGGCGGGUGAAGGGCGAGGGGAAGGGCUGGAACGCUCCGCUGGAGAGGGUUGAAGCCUUCCGCCUUGACCUCCGCCACCCUGUUGGGUCCCGGCCAGGGGAUGUGGGGAAGCGGCCAGUGGGCAGCACUCCGCGGCCAGAUCCCCGUGCAUUUGAACGCCGGGGUGAUCUGCACGACGUACCUAUCCCUGAUCCUCAGCUUCACUUCGCUGGUGUCCGCCACCAUCUUUACCACGUCUCUGUAACUGCACUUAUCCACGGCUUGAGCCACCAGAGUCUGAAAUCUGGACCGGAUUUUGCGAGCGGAGAGGUACAGCACGACUUCGAACUCCGUGGGGGAGAUGACUUCCAAGCCCUCGUAGCGAUUGUCCAUCUCGUUCAAGGAGCUGAUGAAGCGCGGCUCCUGCACCUCCACCUCCUUCAGCACGUCCGACACCACUUUGCAGACUUCUCGGAUGGUUUUGGCGAUGGCAGCUUUCCUGGCUUGGCAUUUCUCGUUGUAGUAUUUAUUCAGAUGAUACACCAGCUUGGCCUGGGCCGCGAUCAUGUUGGGGCAGAGAUCCGGAUUGACUUGGCAAAAGUGUGCCGCUCCGCACUGAAUCCCUGCGUGCCGCCCCACAGCCGGGCCGGGAAUGCAGGUGUAUUAAUGGGGAUCCAUCAGCCAGGGAGCUACGGACCGGGCUCGCUCCUGCGGGAGCAGAGGCGCAUAGCCAUCGCUAAGGAGGAGAAAUACCGCAAAGAACGUUUCACGACGUUUAUUCAACGCAUUAACGCGACCAACUUUAUUGCACGUAGCGGAGAAUUUCUGACUUUGCGCUUGGUGCUUGCCUAUACAGAAGGCCUUCAUGGAAAAUGGAUGUUCAGUGAGAUUCGGGCUGUUUUUUCAAGACGUUAUCUUCUCCAGAACACAGCUUUGGAAGUAUUUAUGGCAAACAGAACUUCUGUUAUGUUUAAUUUUCCUGACCAAGCAACAGUGAAAAAGGUUGUGUACAGCUUACCACGUGUUGGAGUAGGAACCAGCUAUGGUUUGCCACAAGCCAGGAGAAUCUCUCUGGCCACUCCCCGACAGCUUUAUAAAUCAUCCAACAUGACUCAGCGCUGGCAGAGACGGGAGAUAUCUAACUUUGAAUACUUGAUGUUCCUCAACACUAUAGCAGGACGAACAUACAAUGAUCUGAACCAAUACCCUGUAUUUCCGUGGGUUUUAACAAACUAUGAAUCUGAAGAGUUAGACCUGACCCUUCCAGGCAACUUCAGGGAUCUUUCAAAGCCUAUUGGUGCUUUGAACCCAAAGAGAGCAGUCUUCUAUGCAGAACGAUAUGAGACAUGGGAAGAUGAUCAGACUCCACCUUAUCAUUACAACACCCACUACUCUACAUCUACUUCUACAUUGGCUUGGCUUGUUCGUAUUGAGCCCUUUACAACAUUCUUUCUAAAUGCAAAUGAUGGCAAAUUUGACCACCCAGAUCGAACCUUCUCUUCAGUAGCCAGGUCUUGGAGGAACAGCCAAAGAGAUACCUCAGAUGUGAAGGAGUUAAUUCCAGAAUUUUACUACCUACCAGAGAUGUUUGUCAACAGUAAUGGCUAUAAUCUAGGAAUCAGGGAAGAUGAAGUUGUUGUGAAUGAUGUUGAUCUCCCCCCAUGGGCCAAGAAGCCUGAAGACUUCGUCCGUAUCAACAGGAUGGCCCUGGAAAGCGAGUUUGUAUCGUGUCAGCUUCAUCAGUGGAUUGACCUUAUAUUUGGCUACAAGCAACGAGGACCAGAAGCAGUGCGUGCACUCAAUGUUUUCCACUACCUAACAUAUGAAGGCUCUGUGAACCUGGACAGUAUCACUGAUCCUGUCCUCAGGGAGGCCAUGGAGGCGCAGAUACAGAACUUUGGACAGACGCCAUCGCAGUUGCUCAUUGAGCCCCAUCCACCUCGGAGCUCUGCCAUGCACCUGAGCCCCCUCAUGUUUAAAGAUCAGAUGCAGCAGGAUGUCAUCAUGGUGCUGAAGUUCCCGUCAAAUUCCCCCGUCACACACGUGGCAGCCAACACGCUGCCCCACCUGACCAUUCCUGCCGUGGUGACCGUCACUUGCAGCAGGCUGUUUGCAGUCAAUCGGUGGCACAACACAGUAGGCCUUCGGGGAGCCCCAGGAUAUUCUUUGGAUCAAGCCCAUCAUCUUCCAAUCGAAAUGGAUCCAUUGAUUGCCAAUAACUCUGGUGUGAACAAACGGCAGAUCACAGACCUUGUGGAUCAGAGCAUCCAGAUCAAUGCACAUUGCUUCGUGGUCACAGCAGAUAAUCGCUACAUUCUUAUCUGUGGUUUCUGGGACAAGAGCUUUCGAGUUUAUUCUACGGAAACAGGAAAAUUGACUCAGAUUGUGUUUGGCCACUGGGAUGUCGUGACUUGCCUUGCCAGAUCAGAGUCCUAUAUCGGUGGUGACUGCUACAUCGUGUCGGGGUCUCGUGACGCUACGUUGCUGCUUUGGUACUGGAGUGGCCGACAUCAUAUUAUAGGUGACAAUCCAAAUAGCAGUGAUUAUCCUGCCCCUCGCGCUGUUCUAACUGGUCAUGACCAUGAAGUUGUCUGCGUGUCGGUCUGUGCAGAGCUGGGACUCGUUAUCAGUGGUGCUAAAGACUGCACUUCACGGCAGCGCUGCAUUGAUCUGCCGUCCUGCCUGAGCUCCCUUGUGGGGAAGCUGUCCCUCUGGAGCUGGCUGUGGCACUGCCAUAACACACGCAGCACUCAAGAGCCUGCUGAGGCAGGGAGACAGCACAUACAGGACUCCUCUGAGAAAAAUCCUGUGCAUCAAGUUGAUGUUUGCAUGUUCUUAUCCAACAACCCCAAAAAAGAGCGCAAUUUCAGCAUUAAUGGCAAACUCUUAGCUCAGAUGGAGAUCAAUGAUUCAACCAGGGCCAUCCUCCUGAGCAGCGAUGGGCAGAACCUGGUGACAGGAGGAGACAACGGUGUAGUGGAAGUAUGGCAGGCCUGUGACUUCAAGCAGCUCUAUAUUUACCCUGGCUGUGAUGCUGGAAUAAGAGCUAUGGAUCUGUCUCAUGAUCAGAGAACUCUGAUUACUGGCAUGGCUUCUGGCAGCAUCGUAGCUUUUAAUAUAGAUUUUAACCGGUGGCAUUAUGAACAUCAGAACAGAUACUGAAGCGGAAUGAAGAACUGAAAGCCCAGGUAAAGCUGAGAGCACAAGUGCUGCAGUGAAAGGUGUAGUCUCUGGUGGAAAACCACGUCUGCAUUGACCUCCGUUGUACAUUCCAUUACACCCAGCAAUAGCUGUACAUUGUAGUCAGCAACCAUUUUACUUUGUGUGUUUUUUCACAACUGAACACCAGCUGCUGAAAAGCAAGCUUGUAUCAUGUAAAUUAUAUGAAUUAGGAGAUGUUUUGGUAAUUAUUUCAUAUAUCUUUGUUUAUUGAGAAAAGGUAGUAGGAUGCGCCACAAGAGACUUUUGAAAAUUCUGGGGAACCUUGUGUCCAGUUAUUUCAAUGUUUAGGCUUUGAACCUAACAUGCAUCCCAUCUCCAGCCUCUUUUCAAGCUGAGAUAAAAAAAAAAUACGUUUGAUACUUUGUACAUCAGAUGCACAUCUUAACUUUAAAGGGAUACUUUUGUAAAAGUAAAACCUUGUAUAAAGAACAAAACUGUUUCUUAAUUUUAUUGUGGAGUUACAACUUGCAUGUACUUUAAACCUGAUGUCUUGAAGGAACAGGUGCAUUCACACAAAUAAAACUGGAGAUCUGCCUAAGGGUACAGCUUGUGUUAAAGGGUUGAACUGGGGCGCAAACAGUAAUUUUGACAUUUCCACCAACACGUUUUUCACUUUUUGAAUCUAAACUUUACCCCUCUUAAGUGGAGUUCUGCUCAUGAAGCGUUUGGAUAAAAAGCCAUCAUUUGCCAUAUUUAUACUUUAUACAAUAGAAAUUAAAUUCCUCCUUUUUAAAUUCAGACUAGACAGAAAGGGAGCAGAGAGGGAAGUUCAGUUUAAUGCUUUGUAGUGCUUAAUGACUCCCAAUACAGGCAAAGUGCUAUACUUCUGGAUUACUAACAUUUGGCACACCAAUCAUGGGCAAGAUUUUUUCCCUUAUUUUUCCUCUGAGCAGCUUGGUUUAUUUGACAGCCUUAGCUUCAUUGUAAAGGUGACUGAGAUUAUUCUUUUCGGUUCUUCUAAAAUCUCACCUGAAGCCACUCAGACUAAGGCACUUCAUGUUUUACAAUACUGUAAUGAUAACUAUCGGAAUAAUUUUCUGCACAUUGUACUGAUCAAAUUACACACCCAGGGGUAUAUACACUUUAAUUCAUGUUUCUUCUUUGUAUAUUUGGUGACUGUAUUGUCAUAGAUGUACAUAUUGUGUCGGUAGGGCUAUGAGGCAUGUAACAGGAAUGUAAUUUUCUCAGAAUUUACACUCACUUGCAGUCAUUUAUUUAAAAAGAUAAUGGAUUCUUUGUAUUGGCACUUUGCACCAGAAACAUAUCAUUAUUUAUUGAUGUGAUUACUUAUUUGUUAUCCACCUUGUAUUAGUAAGUUUAGCACUGAAUUUCCUUCUUCAUUGUUGUUUGUAUUUAUAAGAUUCCGAAAUCAUGGGGAUCAGUGUAAUGAUUAAGUUAUUCAUCACCCGUCUGUAAGCAAUAUCUUGAGUUUGUAGCUUAGAAUUGGGAGACUAUUGAACAUCUGGAAGACAAGUUCAUUUCAUCUUGAGAUCAUGGUGAAAUAUUUUGGAUAUAUAAAUUCCUUAAGCUAUUGUAACCAUGUUUUAUUGCAAAGAUGUAAAAUAUGCCAGAUGUGUGUGAGUUGGAAAUCAAAAAGAAAAAUAAAAUAUGCAAAG